AAAAUAAAAAUAAAAACUAAAGAAUUCAAAAUAUAAAAUUGCAAGAAAAAGCAAGAAACUGUCCUUAUUACCUAAGCUCCUCUCCUCUCUUUUCUUUCGUUAGAAUGGCAAACCCUAUCCAGCAGUCUGAAACCGCAUCAACAAACACCGCCAAACGCCAAAGAUUAUCCGGCCACCUCCACAACCACCGCCAAAAGGCGGAGCACCAACAAACCGAUGACAACACCGUCGAUCUGCUACCAGGUUUACCUAACCAUAUAGCUCAAAUAUGUCUCUCCUUAGUAAAUCCUUCUCUACUUUUCUCAGUUUGCCACUCAUGGCGGCGGUUAAUUUAUUCGCCGUCGUUCCCUCCGUUUCUUUCACUUUACACUAUUUUAUCAUCAACUGAUAAUAAUCUAAUCAAAUUCUUCAGUUUCGAUCCCAUCUCUUCAUCAUGGGAGCUUCUCCCUCCGCCGCCAGCAGAUCCGCCUCUCCGCCUCAUCCUACGUCAUCCUUCUUUCAUUUCCCGACGCUUCCCGGUUCAAUCCGUUUCCGUCGCCGGCCGUCUCGUUUUACUCGCUGCUACGACGGAUAAUUUCUCCCCCGCGCUUUCUCGUCCUCUAAUUUUUGAGCCGUUAUCGCGGAAAUGGACAUUCGGGCCGCCGCUUACGGCGCCGCGCCGCUGGUGCGCUGCGGGUACUGUCAAUAAUAACACAGUCUACGUCGCUAGCGGAGUCGGGUCAGAAUUUUUCGAUGAUGUGGCAAAGUCGGUUGAGAAAUGGGAAAAAGUUGAAGGACUAAAAGGAAAAUGGGAAAAAGUUGAAGGACUAAAAGAUGGGAAAUUUAGUAGAGAUGCUAUUGACGCUGUUGGUUGGAGAGGGAAGUUAUGUAUGGUUAAUAUGAAAGGAGAUACAGCAAAAGAAGGAAUUAUUUACGAUUCGGAAGAAAACAUGUGGCAAGAUAUGCCGGACGGAAUGCUCGCCGGAUGGAAAGGACCGGUGACGGCGAUGAACGAAGAAACAAUGUAUGUUGUUGAUGAAGUAAAGGGUGCACUUAGAAAGUACGAUCCGGUUAGAGAUGAUUGGCAGAAUGUAAUUGAAUCGGAUAAUCUCAAAGGGGCACAACAAAUUGGUUCCGGUGGUGGUAGAGUUUGUGUUAUUUGUGGUGGCGGGAUUGUGGUGGUGGAUGUUGCGGCGGAACCGGUGAAACUAUGGGUGGUGGAUCCGCCGAAUGGAUUUGAGGCUGUGACUGUUCAUAUAUUACCGAGGAUGAGUAAGUCGGAGAUUAACUUUCCGGUGUCUCUUUAGCUUAAUAUACAUUUCUUGUUAAUUACAUAGUUGAAAAUUAUUUCAUUAAUUGUUUCUCAUACAAAUUAAGUGAAAAUUAAAUUGAUUAAACCUUUUCAGAUAAAAUGUUGUUUUGUUUCUGUUAAAGUAUUAAUUUAAUUACUAUUUUAUUAA